AUGCUGGGUCAAGGUAAGAAUAUCUGGCAGGCUGAGAUUGAUGCUGCUGCCGAACUGGCUGAUUUCUCCCGGCUUAACUGCAACACUGCUCUCGGAGGAAGUUUGGUCUCUGGCCCUGCGUUGAUGGGCAAUGUCGUUUUGUGGAAGCCCUCACCAUCAAACAUUUACGCUAGCACUUUGGUUUACAAUAUUCUUCUGGAAGCUAGUCUGCCUCCUGAUGUUGUCCAGUUCGUCCCUGGCGACGCAAAGGAGGUUACAGACGUAGCUCUAUCUCAUCAUGACUUUGCCGGUCUGAAUUUCAUCAGAUCGUCAGAUGUGUUCAGGUCUCUCUAUGCAAAGAUUGGCGAGGGCAUUGGCAAGAAGACUUACCGCGAGUUCCCCAGAAUAGUCGGAGAAACAAGUGGCAAGAAUUUCCAUCUCAUCCAUAACUCCGCCGACAUCCCAAGCACUGUCAACCAUACCAUUCGUGGCGCCUUCGAGUACCAAGGCCAGAAGCGCUCUGCCACUCGGCUAUAUCUUCAAGAGUCCCGUGCAGAGGAAUUCCUAGCGACGCUGAAAGCUGGAAUUUAG